CCAUCCCCAACAUGCGAAACAGCUUAGCCAAGGACCUUGACGAUGUCUUUGUCGAUGAGCCCGCACUACCUGAACAGGUGGACCAGCGUCUUUACUCCUCGGAUACGGAGGAUGACCCUGACAUGAUGGAGACCGAUGACGACGUUGAGGCUGCAGAGGAAGAUAUGUCCCGUGAUCAGCAAGAAGGCAUCGUUGAGGAUUGCGUCUUCGAAGAGAAUGAGCCCACCAUUGUUGUUGCUGAACCAACAGAGAUCGUUCCGCGCAGUCGUGUCCCCAUCCUGCCAUACGAGGUUGAAGAGCCAGAAAAUCCCUGGAGUCCAAUUCGUGAAGCCUACUACAGAGCGAUGAAGAACAUCUCACCGGUCCGCGUCUUACCAGACAGCCCUGUACGGCGGAACAUGAGCUUCGAGUCUACCGCUGACAGCCCAAGUCCAAUUCGACAGGGCUUCACGGUAGACACCAGUGGCAACCAAGACCCGUUUGUCGACGUUAAUUCCGCGACACCACUUCUCAGACGGUCUAUAAAGCGUUCGAUCUUUGACAACGCUCCGCGUUUCACACCUCUAGCACAGCAAUUCAGCCAAUGGAAGGCCAGCAGUCCCGCGCGAUUCCAGCCUCGGCGUUUGCAGCGCCCACGCAAAGGUAUAUUCUCCUUGGGUGGCAGCCGCAGGUCAUCCGGCAACGUACUUCCCACCCCGGAAGAGGUCAACUAUCCUCAAAUCGACCGUCAAGCGGAAGAUGCUGUGUCGGAGGAGCCUGCGCAGUCAGAAGCGGUUGAGGCCGACGCUGAAAUUGUCGAGGACGACGAUCCUCAGAGUCACGAGGAUGUCAGCCACAGCAUGCAAUCGGAAGAAAUUGAUGCAAGUGAGACUACGGAGGCUGAACCAGAAGUUGCUGACGAGAACCCGGAUCCUCAAAACCACGAAGAUUCCAGCCAGGACUCGCAGGGAGAAGACACUGAGGCUGCUGAGGCUGUAGAGUCUGCAGACACUGCCGAGCAGGAUACAGAGGCGACUGAGAGUCCCGAGGACUACGAAGAUUUCAGCCGGACCCCUGCCUUCGAAGAGCCUGGCACUACUGAGGACGCUGAGCAGAUGUCUGAGGAGGACGAGUCGGAGAUCUACGAAGGCCUUAGCCAGAGCCCUCGUCCGUCAGAGACCAACAACACCGAACCUACCGAGCCUGCGGAACUCGUUGAGCAAACUACUGAAGUUGUCGAUGGUCCUCAAACAUCCGAAGAUCUCAACCAGCAAUCUCAGGCGAAAGAGAUCAUUCUUGCUGAGACUGAAGAGCCUGUCACUGAAACUGAGGAAGUCGACGGCCCUCAGAUCUACGAAGACCCUAGUCAGAGUUCGCAAUUAAAGGCCUAUCUCUCUGAAGAUAUCCAGGAGACAGAAGGCCCUGUGGUUGACAUGCCAAACGGAACAGAGGUUGAGUCUACCCUUGACAACUAUAUCCAGGAAGCUCCCGGCGAGGAAUUAGUGACGGAGAUCGCCUCUGCGUCGAAGAGCCCGGUCCCUGCAAUUGACGCAUUUGAUGAUAACAAGGAGAAUGAGGUCUUUUCCAACAUUCCUCUCUUCACCCCUGUCAAGAACCGAAUUCCUCAGAUGCAAACAGUACACACUGUUUCCAAGGUGCCUCUCAAACCUGAAGGUCAAAUUUCGCCGCUGAAGAUUUCACGCAAGAGAGGUCUCUCGCUCUCGGGUGCUUCGCCUAUUCGUGCCUCCACCAGAAUUCGCACUUCGGCUUUCGCUCCUACCCAGCAGACUGUUCCGCCAUUGUCACCUCGGAAAUCACCGAGACUUCAGAGAGUCUCAAUGUCCAGGCCCGUCGCCCCGGUGACACACCCCGCCGAGUCUAAGAAUGAGAGAUCGACGCCUGCCAAGCGCCCUCCGCAAUCACCAAGCCCGACUAAGAGCGCAAAGGCCCCAAGAAGGAGCAUGAGCGCACCGGCGCCUAAGCUGGCUUUGCAAGGAGCGGUUGUGUAUGUGGAUGUGCACACCACGGAGGGAGAAGAUGCUAGUGGUAUUUUCAUCGAGCUGCUUCAACAAAUGGGAGCCCGAUGCAUCAAGAACUGGUGCUGGAACCCGCGCGCGAGCCUGGCCCCGGAGGAAGGGGUGGAACCCAAGGAGGGCAAAGUGGGCGUCACCCAUGUGGUCUUCAAGGACGGAAGUGCUCGGACGCUGGAGAAGGUUCGCCAUGCGCGUGGCCUGGUCAAGUGUGUUGGUGUCGGUUGGGUUCUCGACUGCGAGCGGGAGAACAAAUGGCUCGACGAAACCCCCUACACCGUCGACAGCUCCAUUGUCCCGCGCGGCGGUGCCAAGCGCCGCAAGAGCAUGGAACCGCGCGCGCUGAGCAACGUCAACGGCACGCUGGUCCGGGCCACCGCAACCGCCACGGCCAUGGAUCGCCGCCGCUCCGGCGCCAUCAGCCGAGACACCGUGGAGAGCUUCACCCGGGACCACAGCACGCCGCCUCUUUCUUCCCGGGAGGAGGAGCCGGAGGAGUCCUCGACGGCUACGCCGCCCGAACAGGUCGAGUACACAGUGGGUCACACCGAACCCGACCAGCGGUACUGCCACACGCCCCAAACCCCCGGCUCCUCCGCCUACGCCUUCGACAUGGACGCCAUCGGCAUGUCCCCCACCACCCCUUUCUAUCUCUCCCAGCGCACGAAGCUCGUUCAGCAGACCUGUCCGCCCAAGCAGACCCGCCAGGGUCUCUUCAACACCCCCGGCCCCGUGCGCGAGCCGAACCAGAAGCUGCGCUCCAAGCUCGAGGCCGCGCGCCGGAAGAGCAUGGCCUACAAGCCCCGGGUUGGCAGUCCGCUUGUGGAGUGAUCUUCCACUUUGCCUUAUCUUGCUCAUUCUAGUUGUCAGUUGAGUAGGGCAGGGUCGUGUUUAGGAGUUGGUUUCGGAUGGUUGUUUCUUUUUUCCGUUUUCUAUCAACUGACUGGGUCUGGUUCUUGUUUUCCCCUGGUUUGAUUUUGUGUAUUGGGACACCUACAUACCCCCCCUAUUUGCAGAAUGGUUUGUUAUUAUUGUUUUUAGCUGGUUUUUGGGUCGAUGUG